ACACACACGCGCGCGCGCGCGCGCUAGUGCUGAAUUUGAGCUCAGCCAUGGCUCCCUGUUAGAUGCUCAAAGCGGCUGUUGUCAGAAUGAAUUAAAUCCAGCUUCGCGCGCUGCUUUCAUCAUCCUGACCUUGCCUCCCUCCGGUUGGGUUUUCAAUAUUUUAUUCAGGAUUCCUGCGCUGUCUCUCCAUGGCUACAUCGGAUGGACUAGACGGCUGUCUGCAACGAGGCAGAUCUCAAAGUGACCCGAACAUACUCACCGAACCGGGCAUAGAUUUGGCGCACGGCACAGGGAGGGAAAAUAACAGCUUUAGGGGAGUGUACCAAUCAAAUUAGUCUUUCUAAUUCAAUCCGUUCACUUGGACUGUGUCAUGGUUUAUUCAGUAAGUAGAACUUGUGGACCAGCAGAGGGUGCUCAGGACAGGCUGCUUGGUGACGGGUGUGCACACGCCACCGAUACGACGGAACAGCAAGCUGGCCACCUUGGGGCGAAUCUUCAAGCCCUGGAAGUGGAGGAAAAAGAAAAACGAAAAGCUCAAGCAGAGCUCCACAGAUGUAGCAUUAUCCAGCGGUCUCAUGUGCCACAACCCCAGCUCUCCCACCGAGGGCUGCUCAGACGGAGCCGUCCUGCUCGGGGGAUUCGGGGGACCUUUUAACCCAAACCUCACAGUCAGCAGUGUGGAAUACCUCGGUCCUGAGGAAGACCACUCUUCAUCAGUAGCUACCCCGCUCCAGGACGGUGAUCGAGUGGAGGAGAAUGUAUUGCUACUGGAGAAUGAAGGAAAGGAGGAGGUGCGCUCGGCAGGAGAUCUUCCUGAGGGGCUGCAGGACUCAGGAGAUCAGGUGGAAGAAGGAGCAGAAGAGGAGAUUCCUCCAGGAACCUCUCCACCUCAAGUCCCUCCAAAACUGGUGCCCCAGCUGAGCUCUGGAGAUGAUUCAGGACCUACAUCACUUCCUGCUCACCUGCCCAACUCCUACCUCCCAAAGGAGCCCCCUCCCAGGGCCACAGAAAGCAUGGCUUCGAUGACCCUGUCGCUCCGAGGGUCCUUGGCAAACCCCUCAGGGUCCCCACAUCUGGGCAACAUGAUACACCCCCCCAUGCCCCCCAGCUGCAUCAUGGAGGAGCUGCAGAGAGCCUUUGCUUCCAAGAACAGACAGGAGAGUGUCCACGAAGGGUGUGAGCAGGGCUCGCCCCCACGACUCUGGUGUUCGGACGGACGGCUGUCUCGCUCCUGUAGCUCAGAAAACCAGCAUGGUUGCAUGGGAGGAGGGUCUGACUGGCCCAAGAAGGAGGCAGAGGAGAACAAGGAGAACGUACGGCUGGACCAGUGCUUCUCCAACACCUCAGGCCUCCCCUUUGACCUGGAAGGCUGGAACGAGUCUGUCAUCUCUGGCACACUUCCUCGCAGGCUAAGGAAGGAGUUGCUGGCUGUCAAACUCCGAAACAGGCCGAGCAAACAGGAGCUGGAGGACAGGAACAUCUUUCCGGCACGAAGCGAUCAGGAGCGGCAGGAGAUCCGCCAGCAGAUCGAGAUGAAACUCGCCAAGAGGCUGAGCCAGAGACCGAAUGUGGAGGAGCUGGAGAGUCGGAACAUUUUAAAACAAAGAAACGAUCAGACAGAACAAGAGGAGAGGAGAGAGAUAAAACAGCGGCUGAACAGAAAGCUCAAUCAGCGGCCAACAGUAGAUGAGCUCCGAGAGAGAAAGAUUUUAAUCCGCUUCAGUGACUAUGUGGAGGUGGCCAAAGCUCAGGACUAUGACAGGAGAGCAGACAAGCCCUGGACUCGUCUCUCGGCUGCAGACAAGGCUGCAAUCCGAAAGGAGCUGAACGAGUUCAAGAGCACCGAGAUGGAAGUCCACGCCUCGAGCAAACACUUAACCAGGUUCCACCGGCCAUGAAAGCUGAGUUUCUUCCGUGAAGAAAUGCUGAGCCUAGAGAUGUCCUGAAGCAGCUUGACGCUGCUUGGUGGAGACAGAUCGAAGAGCCUGGAGCCUUGUUUUUGUCUUCAGCGUGUCUUUCACUUUCUUCCAGCGCCCACGGUUUUUGUCAGUGUGAAGAAGGGUGGGGGUGCAGGCGGAAAUGAUGGCAAUGUUUGCAGCAGCGUGUCCUGGAGACCCCUGGAUGCAACGUGGAAGAGACUUGGGCGGAACCUCUGACUCUCAGGACAAGAGCAGAGGGAGAAAAAAAAACAAUCUUUUUCUGUUUUCUACUAAGUCGUUGACUACUUUGACGAAACGGCGUGAAUCCGUGUCGUGGGAAGAAGUAGUGCAUGUGAUCAGCUUCACCUUUUGUUGACUGAUGACUAAUGUGUCUCUUCUGUGUACAGACUGAAGUCUGCAGACACGGUCAGGCUGGGGGUGGAGUUUGAUAUUAAAUGAUAAAUGACCCGCACUUGUAUAGCGCCUCUCAGAGUAAGGACUCCAAAGCGCUUUACACUACAGUGUAUCAUUCAUCCAUUCACACACACAUUCACAAACAGAUGGUGAUGAGCUACGAUGUAGCCACAGCUGCCCUGGGGCGCGCUCACAGAGGCGAGGCUGCCGAGCACAGGCGCCACCGGUCCCUCCGACCACCACCAGCAGGCAAGGUGGGUUAAGUGUCUUGCCCAAGGACACAACAACUGAAUUCUCUGUCCGGAGCCGGGAUCGAACCUGCAACCUUCCGAUAACUGGACAACCCGCUUAACUUGUUGAGCUACUGCCGCCCCUAUAUUAACUGUACAUACAGUAUGUCAAUCAGAAUGGGACUGUCACUGUCUUCACUGAAAAGAGGAAUUCUUUGUAAGCACUACUUCUGAAUCGUCUUCAAAAUACAACUUUUAUAAGAAA